AUAUGCAAAGGAAGCUGCAGGGAAAGAAACUACCAAAGUUCUUAUUUUUCCAUCAUUCUGGAAUGACAUCGUUCGAGCUCUUAAAGUUGGUGGUCCUUUGAUUAGGGUGCUUCGUAUGGUGGAUGGGGAGAGAAAACCACCAAUGGGCUAUCUUUAUGAAGUUAUGCAUAGAGCCAAAGAGACUAUGGAAACGUCAUUUGAGGGAGAUGUUAGGAAAUAUGAGAAAGUUUUUGAGAUUAUUGAUAGCAGGUGGUCGAAUCAACUCCAUCGACCUUUGCAUGCAGCAGGCCAUCUUCUAAACCCGGAAUUAUUUUACAAGAACACCAGAGAUGACACUUUGGAUUCAGAGGUGUGGGUUGGAUACCAUCAAUGUCUUGAGAAGUUGGUCCCCGAUUUAGCGAUGAUAGAUCAAAUAGGGGAGGAGUUUGGUAGGUACUUACAAGUAGAUGGCCUAUUUGGUUUACAGGCGGCCAUUAGAGCCAGAGACAUAAGGUCGCCAGUUGAAUGGUGGAUGCAAUUUGGACAUCAAACUCCAAACUUGCAAAAGUUUGCCAUCAAAGUACUAAGCCUAACUUGUAGUGCAUCUGAAUGCGAGAGAAAUUGGAGCGUAUUUGAGCAUAUUCACUCCAAGAAAAGGAAUAGGCUUGAGCUAUUGCGUCUCAAUGAUCUACUGUAUAUUAAAUAUAAUAGAACAUUGAGGCGACGUUAUGAAGCUCGCGAUACCAUUGAUCCAAUUUUGUUGGAUAACAUUGACGAGGCAAAUGAAUGGUUAACUGGAGCCCCCCAAAAUCAUGAAGAUGAACAAGUGGAUGGUUGGGUUUGGUUUCGGGAAGUUCUGGUGCUGGUGUGUCGCACAUGCAUGGUUUUGUGUGCAAGUGCAAGUCUACAGAAGCGGACAGGUGAUCGCAGAUGCGAGUAUUGCUGGAGGCUGGAGGAUCCCCAGAUGCGAAGAGUUGGCUCAUCUAUGAGUGCACAUGCGAAGUUUAGUGCAGAAGCGAAAGCAGGCACACUUGGGGACUUGCGCAGAAGCGGAGGUGUGUCGCUCCAGCGUGACUACAGAAGCGGAGUUUAA